AUGGACGGCAAGGAAAAUGCUCUAGUGCCGUCUGGAGAAGGCGGGGGUGGCUCCACUGCUUCUGGGCCCUCCCCUUGCUGUUUUGGGGCUUGUGGAAGCUGCCCGGGCUGUCCAGGUUGUGGUGGUUGUCCCUGUCCGUGUGGCGGCUGUGGUUGCGGUCCCUGUGGCUGCCCUUGUGGCUGUGGAGGCUGUUGUCCCUGUCCGUGCGGUCCUUGCGGCUGCGGUUGUCCACGGCCGGGUGGACCAGCUUGCCCGCCAGGCUGUGGAGCGUGUCCUAGCUGCCCAGCAUGUCCUGGUGCCUGCCCUUGCCCUGGCGGGUGCCCGACUGGCUGCCCCGGCUGCUGUCCGGGUGGAUGUCCCGGCUGCCCUGGGGGCUGUCCUGGCUGCCCUGGAAUGAUGGGCCCGAUGGCUGGUAACAACCCCAUGAUGGCCAUGAUGAUGAUGAUGAACAUGCAGCAGAUGAUGGCCAAGGCUGGAGGGGCCGCGCCUCAGCAGGGCAUGAACCCGAUGGCCGGCAUGAUGGGCAUGGCAAACAUGGGUGGAGGCGGGCCUGCCCCGCAAGCCGCGGAGAAGGAAAAGCCGUCAAUACAUCAUGAUGACGACGAUGCGAUCGACCCCGACCUUCGUGAGCUUGGGGAUUAUUUCAACAUCGAGGAGCGCUGGGUGGUUCGCUUGAACGAGGCGAUGAAGAAACGGCAGGACACGAAGGCUGUAGACAUCGAGAAGCUGUAUGAGGUCUUAGAGAAGGCUCGGAGCCCGACGGGACUGCUUACCGUGCAAAUCGGGAAGAUGGAGUGUGGGCAAUUCGUCGGGAAGAUCAAGCCGGACAAGGACGUGGAGCGGCUGGCGAGAAAGUUCAAGCUCGACGAUCCCGUGACCUCCAGGCUUACUGAGCUCAAGGUUUGGCGGAAGCGAAAUGGCGAGGAAGACAGGGCCACCAAGGACUUGCCAGGCUUUGUCGUAGUGGCUUGGUCUAGCUUGCGCGGCAUCCAGACGAGAAGCUUGCUGCAUGCUUUCGGGAAGGAUUUGGAGCGGAUCGAGUUCCAUCUGCGUUUCGCAAAGAGGCCCAAUGCUCUCUGCACUCUUCUGGCGGCUCAACACAAAGACGGCACCCGGUACUUGCAUCAUCCUGUCGUUCUACGCCAACCAAGGGUCUCUGGGUAUGCAACCGAGGUGGGCAAGCUGCUUGAAUGUGAGAUGGAUGAGUUGCCAGACCUCGUGAAAGCAGAGAAGAUCAUGACGGACUACAAACUUGAUGAGGAUGGGCUAUUCUUUGCCUUGUUCUUCUUCAGCACGCCUCCAGUACGGAUCCCUCACUUGACGCAGCCGUCUUUCCUAGGCUACGAAGACGAAGAUCGUGUGAUUGCCAGUGUCCGGAAGCAUCUGAAUUCCGCCAGCAAUGCUUCCUCGAUGUCCCUCGGAUUUGCAAGUUUCAGGCAUCUUGUGGGCAUGUCUGUUGGUAUGACACAGAGCUUUUCCUGCACCAAUUGCUAUUUCUUGUGCGACUGUCGGCGGCUGUCCGUGAAACCUGUCCAAAAUUUAGAGAUCGAGCUGAUCAGCGAUCAGUGCGUCUUAGAUUUUUGCCCGCACCUCAAGAUACCGCAGCCAACGAAGCCGUAUUUCGAAUUCCUGGCAAGCAGCACGGUCGCCUUCAUUGCUCCAGCCCUUCGAUCCAAGGUUGUGCAAAAUUGCACGGCAGUUGAUUGA